CUGUUUCUGUCUAAUGGCGGAAGCUCCUCAGGGACUUCGAAUUCUUCUUCACCAGCAUCAGAAGGAGCGAACGCCCGUUCACAUUUCCAGCCACGCAGAUAGAGACCGGGUUCUUGAAAUAUUUCGAACUGCAAUAGUGCAACCUGGACCACCUGCAAGUUUUGCUUUGCAAACAGUGCAAGAUGCUAUAAAGCCUCAGAGGCAAACUGUACUAGUCCAAGAUGAGAAUCAGCUUUUGGAAAAUGCUCUCCGAACAUUGCUUCAAGAAUUGGUGUCUUCUGCAGUUAAUUCAGGGGAACGGAUAAUGCAGUAUAAUGAAUCAAUUGAUAACAAGGAAAGGAUUCAGGGUCAAAUACCAUGCCUUCUAGACAUUGUUCUGUAUCUUUGUGAGAGAGGCCAUGUUGAGGGUGGUAUGAUAUUCCAACUUCUGGAAGAUAUGACUGAAAUGUCUACUAUGAGAGACUGCAAAGAAGUUUUUGCUUAUAUAGAGAGUAAACAAGACGUACUGGGGAAGCAAGAGUUGUUCGGGCGAGGGAAGCUAGUGAUGUUGAGAACAUGCAAUCAGCUUCUUCGUCGUCUCUCCAAGGCAAAUGAUGUGGUAUUCUGUGGGCGAAUUAUUAUGUUUCUGGCUCAUUUUUUCCCAUUGUCAGAACGUUCAGCUGUGAAUAUAAAGGGAGUUUUUAACACUUCAAAUGAGACAAAAUAUGAGAAGGAUACUCCUGAUGGCAUUUCCGUUGAUUUCAACUUUUACAAGACGUUUUGGAGUUUACAGGAGCAUUUCUGCAAUCCUGGUCCCACUACACUUGGUCCAACCAAAUGGCAGAAAUUUGCAUCUAACUUAAUGGUUGUAUUGGAUACCUUCGAAGCUCAGCCUUUGAAUGAUGAUGAUGGAAAUGCAAAUAACAUCGAGGAAGAAGCUGCAACUUUCAGCAUAAAAUAUCUUACAAGCAGUAAAUUGAUGGGUUUAGAGUUGAAAGAUCCAGGUUUCCGGCGCCAUAUUCUUGUCCAGUGUCUUAUAUUGUUUGAUUAUCUCAAGGCCCCAGGGAAGAAUGAUAAGGAUGGACCGUCAGAAAGCAUGAAAGAAGAAAUUAAAUCUUGUGAAGAACGGGUGAAGAAGCUUCUUGAGGUGAUUCCACCUAAAGGGAAAGAGUUUCUUCACUGCAUUGAGCAUAUACUGGAAAGAGAAAAGAAUUGGGUUUGGUGGAAACGUGAUGGUUGCCCACCAUUUGAAAAGCAAUUAGCAGAAAAGAGAACAGGUCAAGAUGGAGUGAAAAAACGGAGGCCAAGGUGGAGACUGGGAAAUAAAGAACUCUCUCAAUUGUGGAAAUGGGCAGAUCAGAAUCCUAAUGCUUUGACUGAUCCACAACGUGUCCGUACCCCUUCCAUAAUGGAGUAUUGGAAACCUUUAGCCGAUGAUAUGGAUGUAUCAGCUGGAAUAGAAGCCGAUUAUCAUCAUAAAAACAACCGGGUCCAUUGCUGGAAAGGCCUCCGAUUUACUGCUCGACAAGACUUGGAAGGAUUCUCCAGAUUUACAGAAUAUGGUAUCGAAGGGGUUGUGCCUCCGGAACUUCUGCCACCAGAAGUCUGCUCCAAAUAUCAUGCUAAGCCUAGUGAGAGGUCUAAACGAGCUAAGAAGGGAGAAGCAAAAGGUACUACUCAGCAAACAGAAGAGAACCAGAUGAGUACUACUGCGACGGAAAUUGACAAUGGAGUGAAUGCUGAUCUUGAGGACUCAGUGACACAAAUGGAAACCGAGGCCACAGUCAUCAACAUUUCAGAGAGUGGGGAUCCAACACCUGAUGAGAAUCAGAAGCAGAGCGCUGACACAGAGGUGGGUCAGGAGGCAGGACAUUCAGAAGUGGAAGUGGAAGCAGAAGUAGAGACAGGAAUGAUAGACGGUGAGACAGAUGCAGAGGCUGAACUAGAUCCAGCAGUAAGCCUUGAUGCAUGA